AUGUCGGCCAGUUCUUCCAGCAAGCCCAUGUUGGCUCCUCCUGUGACCUGGUCUGGGACUCUGGAUCACCCUCUGGACUGCAUGGACGAUCAGGGCGGCGUGGCUCGCUGCCCGUCCAUCUCCUAGGACCAGCUGCUGGACCGGGUCAUCCAGCUGGCCGAGCUUAUAUACCAGGUUUCCAAGGAAUCCUGUGCGCUCUUUCUGAGUAAAAUCUGUUUAAUCCCAUCACAUGGUAGGCUGAACCACGGAAGGAACGAGUGCAUGCCCAAAUCCUUUCCAAUCCCCAGCUCCAAGAGUGAAAUGCAACAGGUCUUGGAAAAGUGGCUUCUCCACUCGGUCCUAAUGUUGGUGCAGUCCUGGAUAAAGCCACUGGUCUAUCUGCAGACGACCCUCGGUCGCUACAACGAUGCACCCGUUGCCCUGCUCAGCAAGACCAAGUGGGUGUCAGACAAGCUGUUGAGGUUGGAGCAGGGUGUUGUGGUCCUCAUCAGGAAGAUGCUGGACAAGGGCGCGCUGACGGCCACCAAGUACGACCGGAGCCCGGUGAGCUGCGACACACACCCCGAGAUUCAGGAGUCCAUCCUCAAAGACUACACCGUGCUCUCCAGCUUCAAGAAGGACACCCACAAGAUGGAGACCUUCCUCAAGCUUCUAAAAUGCCGGCAGACCGACAAGUUCGGCGGCUUCCCGUUCUGA